GCGGCCAGACAGGUGUGCGGGAAGGUGCGGGCGCGCCACCACCAGCUGCAGCUCAGUGUGCGGCGGUGACUUGAGUGGGGAGGAUGUGUGUGCGAGUUCUCCGUGAUCUGUGAUAGUUAAGCAAUAAGAAAAGCCUCCAAGAUGCACAGGUCCAAUUGCCUAGUGUGCCUGGGCAUGCUGGGGCUGCUGAUGGUCGUGCUUGGUGUAGUUGUUACUGUCGUGUUUGAUCCACUCGUGAACUCCUUCAUCAACCAGGAACUUGUCAUCCGCAAUGGCAGUGACAUGUACAAAGAGUGGAAGAACCCCCCCGUUGUGCCUCACCUGCAGGUCUACUUCUUCAAUGUCACCAACAAGGAGGAGUUCCUGGCAGGGGAUAAACCAGUCUUCCAGGAAGUGGGGCCCUACUGCUACAGAGAACACUGGAAGAAAGUGAAUGUAAAAUUCCAUAAUAAUGGCAGUGUUUCUUACGAGACUCAAAAGUUUUAUUUCUUUGAGAGAAAUGCUUCAGUAGGACCAGAAGAGGAUGUUAUCACCACACUCAAUAUUCCAAUGAUGACUGCCUUGUCUCAGUGGAGAUUUGCAGCCAGACUUGCAAAACUUGCACUUUCAUCCAUGCUGGAGGUGUUGGGGACACAGCCAUUCGUAACAAAGACCGUUGGCCAGUUCAUGUGGGGCUAUGAUGACCCGCUCCUGAAGAUAGCAAAGGACAUCAUUCCUCCAGACCAGCGUUUGCCAUAUGAACAGUUCGGGUUUUUCAUUAAGAAAAAUGGCUCAACUGAUGGUUUGUUGAAUGUCUACACUGGGGAAUAUGACAUGACAAAAUAUGCCACCAUCAAUACCUACAACUAUAAGAAUAAGCUGCACUACUGGAAGACUGACAGUUGUAACAAGGUUCAAGGUAGUGAUGGCUCUUCCUUCCCUCCUGAAGUUGUGAGGGACACAACUCUCUACAUGUUCAAUGAAAACCUGUGUCGUUCAGUUCCUCUCACGUACUGGCACAACAUUGAAGACUUCGGUAUUGAGGGGAUGAGGUUUUCUCCUCCACCUGAUAUCUUUGCCGACGUGUCUACAAAACCAGAAAAUGAAUGUUACUGUGUUGGAGGUCCUCCUUGCAUUGGGGGUGGUGUGUUCAACAUAAGUUCUUGUAAAUUUGGCUCGCCAACAUUAGUCUCGUGGCCCCACUUCUAUCAGGCAGAUCCCAAAUACCGUGAGGCUGUCAUUGGCUUGAAGCCCAAUGCUGAUAAACAUGCAAUGUUUAUUGAUCUUGCUCCACGCACUGGGACACCACUGCGGGCCCAGGCUCGGCUGCAGAUCAACAUUGCUGUUCCCUACGUGCCAGAGGUCCACCCAGCAGCCAAGCUUAGAGAGAUUAUCUUCCCCGUUUUGUGGUUUGAAGACGGUGUGGCUGAACUUCCUGGCAAUCUUCUUGAGUUACUGAGGCUUAGUGAAAAUACCCCACCAGUUGCCAAGCUCAGCAUGCUUCUGGCACUCUACAGCAUUGGAUUCAUAAUUGUCGUCUUUGUAGUUAUCGCUUUCCUAACAACCCACUAUGACUUGCCUGUCCCGUACUUCAACCCCAACUUUACCCACAGGGAAGGUAAAACAACAAAAGUUAAUAAUACUCCAGAUCGCAAGUCGCAUCUGACAGGUCACACCAACACGAUGGUGUCCAAUGACCCAGAGAAUGACGCCUGACAUAACGGGACAGACUCACACACAAGCACACAGUCUUGGCGCAACAAUCAUCAUCACGGAGCGAGCCACGGACCAGAAUCUCAGAGGCCAUCUCAGGUGGAGCACACCCAGCCCCGGCUGAUGAGGUCCCUCUUUGGAGGUGGAGCAUCCUACAACAUUGCUGGACAAACACUUCAUCUCUCCCGCCCCGAGGAUACCCCUUCACACAUUGCAGCAUAUCAUUCACAAAAUCAUAUUUACUCUUAGCUCCAGCAUAAUCUGUAUGCAUGCUAACAAAGAUAACAUUUGUAACUGCCCUCAGUUGGUGCUGGAAACCAUUUUAGGAGGAAAUUAUCAUUGAGUGUUUUUAUAUUGAAUGGUUUUAUAUUUUUAGCAUCUUUUGUAAAAACGAAACCCAAUUUUUUUUUACAUCCGUGUGUGUGUCUGUCCUGUAGUUCUUAGUACACUGUAUAAUGCAUAUCAUAUAGUGCAGUAGCAUAGAUUUAUUCAGAGAUAAAUUAUAAUAAAUUUUUUUUUAGAAAAUUUAAAUGAAUUCCUAAUAGUUCUUUGCUCAAAAAUAUUUGUACUUAAAAUUGACUUUCAUGAAGUGCAUGUAAAGAAAAUUUGGCCACUUAUUUAUCUGCACAUACAACAUAUAUAUACAUAUGGCCAAGUUUUACAAUAUUUAGGAUGGAUGACUUUCACAGUGUACUGCUAAUUUUUUAGCAAAUAUGUGAAAUGAGUGACCUUUCUGUAUAUUUGGGAAUCCAUAAUAUCACAUAAACCUCUAGUUAGGCUGUGAUAUAUCUUUUAUAUAAUGUAGAUAUUUUUUUACAGUGACAAUAAAAGUGAUUUCUUAA